UGUCAGCAUUGCCCGGGAGCGCGCUGCCUCUCCGUGGUCGUCGCUGGUGUUGUUGUUGUGAAGAGGAGGCGAAGGGGAAAGCAGCGGGCGCCGAAAAUGGGCAACUGUCACACGGUGGGACCUAAUGAGGCUCUGGUGGUGUCAGGUGGCUGCUGUGGAUCAGAUCAGAAGCAGUAUGUCAUUGGAGGAUGGGCCUGGGCUUGGUGGUGCGUCUCUCAGACACAGAGACAUGCUGCAUCUGUGCAGCUCACUUUGCUAAUUAUCACAACUAAAAUUGGGAAGAGGAAGAAAAGACUACCUCUGGAGAUCAUGACCGUCGUCUGUCAGUGUGAGGAUAUAGAAACCAUUGAGGGGGUCCCUGUAUAUGUUACAGGGGUCGCACAGGUGAAGGUAAUGACUGAUAUGGAUCUGUUAGCUGUGGCAUGUGAGCAGUUCCUGGGGAAGAGUGUACAGGAGACCAAAAGUGUGGUGUUACAAACCCUCGAAGGACACCUUCGAGCUAUCCUGGGGACUCUGACUGUUGAAGCCAUUUAUCAGGACCGAGACCAGUUUGCCCAGCUAGUGCGUGAAGUGGCUGCUCCUGAUGUCGGCCGCAUGGGAAUCGAGAUCCUCAGCUUCACAAUCAAGGAUGUUUAUGACAAAGUGGAAUAUCUGAGCUCACUGGGGAAGUCGCAGACAGCGAUUGUGCAGCGAGACGCAGAGAUAGGAGUGGCAGAAGCUGAGAGAGAUGCUGGAAUACGGGAAGCUGAAUGCAAGAAGGAAGCAAUGGAUGUUAAAUACAGUGCCGACACCAUGAUGGCUGACUCCAAGCGAGCGUUCGAAAUGCAGAAGGCAGCCUUUAAUCAGGAAAUAAAUAUAAAAAAAGCUGAGGCCCAACUGGCUUAUGAGCUGCAGGGAGCCAAGGAGCAGCAAAAGAUUCGACAAGAGGAAAUAGAGAUUGAGGUGGUGCAGCGCAAAAAACAGAUUGACAUCGAGGAGAAAGAAAUCACCCGUAUGGACAAGGAGCUGAUUGGGACGGUGAAGAGACCGGCAGAGGCGGAAGCCUUCAGAAUGCAACAGGUCGCAGAAGGCCACAAAGUGAAACAAGUGCUGAUCGCUCAGGCUCAAGCUGAGAAAAUCCGCAAGAUUGGAGAGGCAGAAGCUUCAUCCAUUUCAGCUAUUGGCAAAGCUGAUGCAGAGAGAAUGAGACUGAAAGCAGCAGCUUACCAGCAGUAUGGAAAUGCAGCCAAGAUGGCCCUGGUGUUGGAUGCUCUUCCAAAGAUCGCUGCCGAGGUCACUGCUCCUCUUGCGAAGACAGAUGAAAUUGUGAUUCUCGGAGGAGACAAUAACCGUGUUACCUCAGAGGUCACACGUUUAUUGGCAGAGGUCCCUGCGUCUGUCCAUGCUCUUACGGGAGUCGACCUAACAAAGGUACCUUUAAUCCAAAAAUUAACCAACGCCCAGGCCUGAUCAUGAAAAAAGCCACAACAAAUUCAGGAUAUUUCUCCAUAGAAAAUACUAUUCCACAGACCUCCACCUCAGAACACUUGUAUAAGGAACUCCUUUUGUACUGAAAACUUGUGUGAUUUUUCUCUUUUAAUUUUUUUUGUUUUGGUUUCUCUUUAGAACCUCUGGUGCCUUAAUUUAUUCCAGGUCAGAAUUCAGUGCAUAAAUAGCAUUUUUCUUUCUCCCUUUACAGUCUACUCUUUCAGUAAUUGUUUUCCAUUUUGUUGCUGAUCAUUUACAGACAAAACUAAUUCUGAUGUCCAUCUUGCAGGUUGUCUGGAGGGGCUUGCUCAGCAAUGGGGAAAAGUUAGCAUUUUAAAAGUUUCCUUCCUCUCCACAUUCCUGUGUCUUGUCCCCUAGCUGUCAUCAGUGACAUUACCAAUUUCAGUCCAACAUACAGCUAGUGUUGGGAUGUUUUAAGGUCGUAAAGAAGUCAGCAAUGUUGUUGGUGAGGGAUAUGAUUUUACAGAAUCUUGGAAUGCAGAAGGAAACCAUUUGUCCCAUUGGGCCUCAACCAGGCCUUUUAAAAGAUUCUGGACCAGAACAAGUUGAACUGUCUGUGUCUCACUUUGUCCCCAAACACUUACAUUUCGAGUAAAACCCAAAUGUUAAUCCCUUUCAGGCUGUGAACUUGCUUUUGUUUUCGUAUUUAAAUAUUAGUGAGUGUCCUGGACAUUACUAGACCUCAGUGUGAACCUGCAACCUGGACAUAGACAGCAGAGAAUGACAAAUUCUAAAGCCAUAAGUAAAACCAGCAGGAAGCCUUGUAUCUGCUGAACGGAUCUUGCUGGUUUGACACAAUUAUGUAACAAUAAUGCCAUUGGGGUGUUCCUAAUAUGAUUCUGUUUUUCUUAAACAAUUCUAUUGUGCCCAAAGAACAUCGAGAAUUGAUUAGUGGUGAUUGCCAUGGGUUGGUGGAGUGUAGAGGAGGAUACUUGUGCAUGUUUUCCUAGAGUUUAUUGAGGUAUGAUCCUCAUUUGCUGAGCUGUAUGAAGUUGUAGAUCAAAAUCUCACUUAAAACUGAAAUUCGCAAUGGACUCUGUGUACCUCCAUACCAACGUACAAAAAUAGUGUUUGUGGGGAUGAUUACAAUCUUGUCUUGUGUGUUGUACAUGUGACUACAUCUCACAAGUGUACGACAAUGUAAUCUCCAGUUGGUUUUAACAUCAAUUUAAAAAUUGUCCUCUACACACCAGCAAUCAAAAUAUUCCUUUAACUUUCUCCCCUACUGGGGAAGACUAGUGAGCACAAGUGAAAGUGAUCAUUUUCUGACUUGAAGUGGAACUACAACUGAAAUGUACCUUUUAUUGGAGGUUGGAGAGCACAUUCGCCAGUGAGUGUGAUGGUCCCAAACUUUGAUCAAUGUUACAUCAUAGCUAAUUGUCCAUUUUGGUGCCAUGAUGUCUCUGACGUCCCUGUUUGUGUUGUUGGUUAGCAUUACUGAACCUCAUCAGAUUGAAGUUCUUUAUGAAGAAUUGAGCUUUGUAUUCUGUACUGCUUAUCAAUCAAGAGUGCCACUGAAACCACAGAACAGUGUACAGACUCCAAACAGCUCAGUACUAGCUGCUCAAUCUAUGAAAAGUCUAAAGUUCAACUGAAAAAGGUGGAAGUCAUACAAUGUUAUCAAUGAGUUUAUAUGAGAUUCAUUUGUAACUGCCGCAACUUAAUUAGUGCAUUUAUCUUAAAUUAAUCAGUGACUUGUUGAAAAAGCAGAACAUCAUACGAGAGCGUUGCUUUUUUGUUACUGUAUGCAGCACAGUGUGGUUACAUCCACAAAAUAUUUAUCUUCCUUUCGAAUUAUGGUACAUGUAGUUGUGUAGCGGGAUCAGUUGCAACCUGUACUGUCUAGUUACUGACGAAAAAUUACUGCAGAUGCUGGAAUCCAAGAUAGACAACUAAAAGGCUGGAAGAACACAGCAGGCCAGGCAGCAUCUGGAGGAAAGGAGGAGUGAACAGUCCUGAAGAAGGGUAGUACUCAAAACGGUGACUGCUCCCUACUCCAGAUGCUGCCUGGUGUGCUGUGUUCUUCCAGCUUCCUGUUUGUCUACCCUGUCUAGUUACUGACUGACUGUGUGUCAUGAUAUGCAAAAUCUAUGAUGCAGGCUGCAAAGCCUUUUUAAGCCCAAGUCAUUCAACCCACACUCCUGUGGCACAAGUCGCAUGCUCGACAAACAAGAUGGGUGCUCUUGGCUAUCCCAAUUUUACAAAAUGUGGUCUGGAAACAGAGGCCUUAAUUCACAUCAUAUUCAAAAGUGGGGAGGAGAAAAAGCAAUUUUAGCCAAAUUGAAUUGAAGUAUGCAGUUUUUUUCCCUGUCCAAGUACUUGAAGUUUAAGGCAGCCCCUUUAGGUAUUGUUAGCUUCCCUCAUUCAGAGGGCUGCUCAUUGCAUUUCAUUGUCUCACUUUCCCGUUGUACAGUAAUCUUUAACGUGGCUUUCUUGUCUUCAUCAAUUAGAUCUAAAACUGAGUUUAAUUCUAGGUAGGAUGGAAUUUUCUUUAACAGUCAGCACAGAUGUGUACCUUUUGUGGGGCGAUACAUCUGCUACACUGUUUGAAAUUCAUGUGGAAAGGUUCAGAGAUGUGAGGUUCCAUUUCUGUUCAGGUUUUUAAAAGAAAAGCUCCCUGUAAGUGAGGAAAUUGGAGACUAACGCUGAGCCAAUGGGAGACUGUUAACUGGACAGUGGCCACUGCCUUGAACAGGCCCAAUGUAUUGGUCGCGCUUACUUUUUAUUGUGUAAACAGCUGGAAGGAUGUUUUUUUUUAAAUCAAUAUUUUUAAAUUUUAUCUCAUUUCUUUACCUGCCAGAAAUGAUUUUGCUUCAGUACGUUGGCUGCAGCUGUUUGAGUAAAUCCAAAUGUGUGGGUUAUAAACAAACCUUAAAAGUUGGAAAAGAUGUAAAUCUAGUCAAUUUAAUAUGUACUCUUAUCAGUUCUAUAGAACUAGUGCUAAUAUUGUGUAUUCACUACCGGUGAUUGUCCAUGUAAUCAUAUUUUAAGGUGGAUUUGUAUCCAUCCUAAUUACCACGCAGUGAAUAUUAUAAGUGCUGCCAUAUUCCCUUUUGCCCUAUUUGCUUGUCUUUGUCAGUUCUCGAGUGCAACUUAACACAAAUACCAUAUCAGUUCGCCUCAGCUGGCAGUGUACACGCCUCCAAGUUCAAAGUUUGGUAGCUCAAGCCGCACAACAUUUGAGCCAGUAGUUUGCAGGAGUGUAGUACUGAAGGAAUGCAGCACUGCCUGGGAUGCUGUCCUUUCGGUGAACUGUUAAAACAAUACCCUGUGGUGAUCGGUGCUUGAAGCAAUGAGGUGCCAUAUAAAUGUGAGUAGCUACUUUUAGAUUGUGUUUAUUUACAAGGCACCAGAGAUUCCAGGCUGUCUGAUUGUGUGCAAGCUUUCUGUUUUUCUUUCUGGCCUUGGAUGAGUGGAUGUUGGAGGAAUGCAAAGCUGAGGGACUUCCGGGGUUGGGUUGGGGGGUGCUGGGGUCCAGUUUCAGCCCUCAGGCCAUCCUGAAAUCUACAGUGAUGUAGGGCUCCCAUUGGUGAAGUCAGCAUGCUCACCCUAAAAUCCUGCUGUCGAGAGAACACUGCUGAUUGCACAGUGCUCCUGGAGUGUGUUUGUGUUUUGGAAUCUCAUGAGCACUGAAGCACAACAUGACCUAGUCCACCUCUAUCCCCAUGCCCCACCAUUCUUAGGCCAGAAUCAGGAUCAUUUGUAUUUGAUUGUUGCAGUAGCACUGAGCCUGUUAUGUAAAUAUCACAAAAUCCAAACCUGAAACCUAAACCUGAGCUCAGGUUCAAAAAGAAUUGAACAGACUGCUUGCUUUAAGCUGCAUUUCUCAGAUGCUAUAUUCAAGUGAAUAGAAUUCUGUAAAACUAAGGCUGUGAUCCUUCUUUCUUUCUUCUUUAAAUGGUUGCUCUAGAACUUUAAUCUGUGUCCUGUUUUGAAGCAAAUUAUUUUUAUUCGAGCUAUUUGCUCUAGCACUGUACUCCCAAACCAGCAAAAUCCUCUUUCCUGUCACUUUCUAGUUAAUUUCUGUACGUUGCUACAGUGCUAAAUUCAAUAUUGACACGCUUUUGAGGCGUGGAGGGACUGUACAAAGUGGAGGAAUUAGACCACAGCAGGCUUCAAUGCGUACAACUUGUUCACAUUGAAAGUCCCUGUUGAAUUUGUAUAGGAACACAAGUACAGAAAGAAAUGAGUGGGUGUUUGUUGCUAUCAGGUAAGAUUGUGGUAGGAUGCAUUUAACUGUUGGUUGGAAAACAUUAUUUCAGCACUAGUGAGGUCACUGUUCAAAAGCUGGGUGUGGAAUUUUAAAACCCAAACUUUGAAGUAUAGGACAUAACUAACACUGAUAAGACUUGAGCCCAGCACCUAGGGGCCUGUAAGUUAGGAACUAAUGUAUAUUUUUAUUUUGUAUGUAACAUUGUUUGGACUCUGCAUGAAUGAGUAAUAAAAGUUUGGGUGAUUCUAAUUGUAUGGAUAAUAUAAAUAAAGUGUCUAAAAACCUGACCAA